GCGUGCGUUAACGAUCUCCACAUGGAGGAGAGUUUACGCCUUGUCAUUGAAGCUGUCGAUGUUGCGUUAGAUCCUACGAUAGAUCAUAAAGACAGAAAUAGAGCGUACGAAGUAUGUGAGAAAUUUAGAGCAACAUGCGACGAUGCUUGGACUGCAGGAGUUUUUCUCAUAACACAGUCUUCAUUGUCCACUGGAGUUCGAUUGUUUGGUGGACAGUUAGCACAGCAUGCUAUUGAGCAUCAACUUGGAAACAUUCAUAUCGAUGAGAUAACGUCAUGGCAACAGACAGUUCUGCAACUGAUAUCCUUAAACUAUUGCUCUUAUUCUCCGGCUUUGAGCAAGGCAAUUAUUUGUGUAGUUGGUGAACUUGUGAAGAAAACUUGGCCUCAACAGUGGAAAACUCUGAUGGCAGAUCUAACUGCUAUUAGCCAGACUGGGACUGUACAGCUUGAGUUAGUGUUGCUGCUGUUUGGUCGGCUUGGAGAAGAUGUGUCUAGUUUGGAUAGAUCUCUUCAUCAGAAAAGAAGACAAGAGUUGGUUAUUUCUUUACACAAAUGCAUGUCAGAUAUCUUUGACUUCAUCAUCUCAACAAUACAGCAGCAACUAGGCGGUCACACUUCAAACGUUUCACUAAUACAGGCUGCUCUCAACGCAUUGUCUGCCUACUUGGACUGGGCGGAGCUCGACUGUGUAUUUGGUCAAGACAGAAUUAUUCUUCGUUUGCUUACUCAUUUGCUGACUGAGAAGAGUCAUCAAAUGCUUGCUGCUGAUUGUCUCUUAACAGUCGUGAAGCGAAAGGGCAGGGUGGUUGACCAAAAGCCAGUAUUGACUCUGUUCGGUGAAGAAUUGUGGAGCAUAUUAUAUCAAGCUUUACUAUAUUGUCUUUCUUCUACUGAAAGUUAUCCAUUUUUGAAGAGACUCUGCGAGGUGAUUGUAACUCUGGGAACAACACAGCUUUGUAUCUUAUGGGGCAAUGAAAAAGAACCAGGAAUAGAGAGGCCAGAAAACUUUCUUAAAUACCUUCAAGCUAUGCUUAGUUUUCUAGAACAUCCGAGCCAAACUCUCAACAUGUGGGCAGCUCAGCUGUGGCUCAGUUUUCUAAAGCAUGAACAUAUCAGUCAAGAUGAUCAGCUACAGUCUUUAUUACCUGAUGUUAUUAGGCAUGCUGCAAGUAAAUUGAUGAGAGUUGGUAAUCCUUCGUGUGAUGAUACAUCAGAUGUAGGCAAUUAUUCUAGGAUGGAUUUCGAAGAGGCUGGCGAUUUUGUAAAUUUCUUUGCAACAUUUCGAUGUACGUUGGUUGAUGUCAUCAGACUGACAGCCUCUUUUAUACCCACAGUUGCUCAAGAUCUAAUGACUCAUCAGCUAAUGCAGUUGCUGUCAUCUAGCUCUUGCAAAGUUCAGACAUCUGACUGUACCACUGAGCCAUCGUUAGCUGUUUUGGCAUGGGAAGCCUUUAGUUGCUUUCUCGACUGCAUUGUUUCAGUUGUGAUUAAGAGUUCACCACCAGAGCCUGGCAUCAGAAGCAUUGAGGCACUUUUGUCAUCUUGCUCUGUUAAUCCUAGUGUUUUCAACCAUCAGCUGAGUUGCUUGCACGCACUCUGUCCGUACGUUCGAGUAUGUCCAGAUCUUGCUCCUCAAAUCAUGAAGAUGCUGUUUUUAGCGGUAGAGUUCAAAGAUCAACCAGAAUGCAUUGCUGAGUCAAGGUCUGUGAUAAGUCUUCGAAGGCAUGCAUGUUCUAUUGUGAUAAGCGUGGCAAGAGAUUAUUAUGAUGUCAUGAAGGUGUUUUUUGAUGACAUGUACAGUCAUGUCAUAUAUCUUUCUCAGAAUUCUACGACUACGUAUGCGGAAAUAGCUAUGUUGGUGGAAGCAGUUAUGACACUUAGCAAACAUGUUGAAGACUUAUCCAAGCGUGUAGCCUUCUUCUCUGAGGUCUUAUCUCCAGUUCAAUCUGUUCUUAUGUCAGAAGACAUGGAGAGGAUUCUUUCAUCAUCUCCUUCUGCAGUUUUGAAGCAUUUUGGGCUUUGUGAUGAUCUCAGUGAAUCAGAGCAAGCUGCAAGAUCAUUGCGGGCACAGGUUGUCUACAGCUUGAAGAUUCUUUUGGUUUCUUUGAAACAAAGUCAUGUGAUUCCAAAUGAAAGCCAUGUAGGAAAGUCUAGUGAUAUUUCAUUUAAUAGUCUACUGCUAAACCUUGUGGAGUGUGUCACCUUGAUUGGACGGGCAUUAACAGCCAUGUGGCUGCCUGAAGUGGUAGAAACGAUUCAUCCAGUGUGUCGAAAUGUUAUGGACUUGUUGGAUCGUGACAAGCUUUUGGUAUUAGGAUUGUCUACGUCCAGUACAGGAGAUGACAUGUCAACAGAUAGUCAUUAUCGACUGCACUGCCAAUUGUUCUCCAUGUUUGAAUUAGUCUUCACUUGCAUUGGUGCUGCAGGGCAGUUUUUGAAUCCACCUAUUCAAGUUCGUUGCAAUGCUGCUCGGCAUCUUCUUGCAACUACAUUUUCUGCAUUACCGUGUAUUCCCAACUACCACGUCAGAACUAUAUUGAAGGUAGCUUUGAGAGGCUUGAUACUUUACUGCCCGACAGAUGCUGUUGUACCUUUUCUGGAUGUUUUUCUUCCUCCUAUAGCCAAGUUCAUGUUAGAGCGAUUAAGUAUGGGUUGGGAGGAAAUGAGAGCCAGAACUGCUCUGACUAGUCAAUUUAAAGACAGCGAGGGCGGUCAGGCUCGUGAAGAAGCAGUUAAUGAUCGGUUGCUAGUUAGCCUCACAAGGGACUAUAUUGAUUUUCUUGAAAGUGUUUUGUACAAAAGGCAAGCCUGUCCUCAACAGCAUGAAAAUGACAGUCUAACAGAUUACCAAAGUGUAGAUGUAAAUAUGGAUGAUGCAACUAUAGAAGGGAACAUAGUCAGCGAUUUGGGGAAGCACAUUAUGUCAUCACAGGAAACGUGUCACCCUGUGGUUCUUGUUUUGUUCUCAUGUUUGACAUGGCUGGAUAAUCUUGCUGCUAUGAAGGCUGCUCGUGUCAUUAGUUCUGUGUGCAUGGAGGUGCUGUUGACAUCGACUGAUGAAGUAGCUGCUCAGUUGUUCACAACAGCAUUGCAGGCAUUGCAGUAUCAUGGUCAACAGGCAAAUGUUUUGAGUGCUCUACUGCACUUGAUACUGAAACUCUAUCAGUUGUGGGGGACAAGGAGUGCAAUAGUGGUUGUACUACAGUGUGUUCCCAAUGUUGGAGAAGAAGAACUUAAAAUAUUAAACAAGUUAUGUUUAGCAAAGGAAUGUAAUGAUAAACAACGCAGGCAGCGGAUUCGUCAACUUAAAGAUAUUCUAUUUCCUAUUGUUGGGAGAGAGGUCUCUGAGUUAUUUUCCAAGUCGUGCAAAUCAAGACUUGAGCUAUCUAAAUUGUUGAGAACGAGAAAAGAUCAAAGUGGACAAAUCUUUGAAAGUGAUAGUCUUGUGUCUUUAUUUGGUCAUGACAACAGAUAAAAUGAUGAGGUUUGAUGCUGAGGUUUAGUUAAUUGAAGGCGAUAAUACUUUUAUUUUGUAAUUAUUUUGGAGCUCUGGGUAUCCAAAUGCUUGCAAAUAAAUUUUAAUAAACAAACUGUUAGAAACCACCUUUUAAUAAUUUAAUAAUUGUCUGCUAUUGAUCUUA